AUGGAACAGUACUCGCGCGAGCAUGGAACCAAGGAGCAACCUAGCAAGAAGUAUUUCCAGGCUAGCACGCUGCCGGAUAUCAUCAAGUCCUACCCGCUUCCGCGCAAGAACAUGAAGCAAUCGGAGAUCGAGCGAGCUCGCUUAACCGGUCUCCAGCCCCCGGCACUCAACAACAACAGCAUGCCGAGGCCCUCUCGAAGCAGCGUGCCCAGGCAGCACAAACUCAGGCAAACAAUGCUGCCCAGCAGGCACAAUACGGCCCUCCGAUGGCAGGCCAAUACCACCCACAAGGCCACCCUCAAGCUCACCCGCAAGCUCACCCGCAGGCUCACCCGCAAGCGCAUCCACAGGCGCAUCCACAAGCCCAUCCCCACAGGGCCAUGUCCAAUCACCUCAGAUGUGCCCACCUAUGGCGGUUCGCAGCCUGCAUACGGGCAGAUGCCCAUGGCCCAGGCCCCUCAGCAAAUACCAUCGCAACCGUAUGUUAACGCUCACCAGCCAAUGGGAAACAUGUACCAGCAGCAGCAGCAACAACAGCAACAGCAGCAGGCUAGUACCCGCACUGGACGGGCACGCGCUUCGACGAUGGAGCAGCAGCAGAGCGGCAUUCCCGCUGCCAUCCAGAGGGUUGCCAGCCACCUCGACCCUACGCAACCCAUUAGGUUACAGCCGAGUCCGGCGUACUACCCGCCGCCACCCGAGGGCAUGGCGGGUAUGGAUAGCACUCCCGGUAGGGCAGGGAGGAGAGGCAGUAGAGUUCAAACUGGAGGGGCUCGCAGCAACCGUGACUUCAUCCGCACCCUCGAGGAGAGGACACUGGAGGAAGGUUACAUGGGUGGCCAAGGACAAAACCCUUGGCAUUAA